AUGCCAGCCACCAGGGAAGGGACGAAGAGCGUUACCGCCGAAACGUUUGCGGUUGAGAUUGUCCAUCUUGUUCGUUUACAUCAAAUUCACACAGUGACGCUAUGUUGUCCAACAGAAGAACUUCGGGUGGAGCCAGCGGCGCUCCCAAUGGCAUCUACAAUUACCGUUGAGGCACGAUUGCUUAGCUCGCUCGAUUGGAACUGCGAUACGGCUAAGAACUGUACUUUUGACGCGGUGCUAGCGAAAAGUAAUGGAACAGUAUUCACAUAUCACAUCUUAUUUGCGACCGCUGUGACUUCGAGAGACUCCGCAGGUGCUGCUAUUUCUGAAAGGCAAGGAACGCAGCUUAGUGCCCACUGGUGUUCGCAGCUGCAGCGGCGGCUGGCUAUCUGUUCCGCUCUCACAGGCGUUCCAAGUCAUCUAUCGGUGUUGCUGCUCCCGUACGUACCGCACCUAUCGUGGAACAGGGAUCGCGAUGGGAUCCUCGGCGCAAUUCACAGCGCGACGAUGAUGUCGACGAUAACGGCACGGGACCUGGAUGAUAAUGACACAUCGGAAGCGAGGUACGAUGUCCGUGUUGCCGCUCUUCUUAACGCGGCAGUUCCGCUUGGUCCCCGUGUGGGUUAUCACACAGUGGCUUUGUUCUUGAAUGCCAUCGAUGGGGAUGCCUGUUUUAGGGAGGCACUUUCUCCAAACAACUUGCGCGAAAGCAGAAAACGAGUGCGACAGUCUCAGAAGGGAUGCAUUAAACCGGGGAAAGAUACAUCGUUUUGUUUUCCCCUCCUAGCUGAGUUCAACGAAAAGUAUCUGCUCCCAGCGCUUUCGUGGGGAGCGCUACACGCGAGCACCCUGGAAGGUAAAGGUAACCACUACGACGUGUGUGGGCUUGGAAAAGACAUGGGCUGCAGUGUCUACCUCCGCGGUACUCUUGACGCUCUCCGUGUGCGCAGCGUUACAGUCAUUGUGGACGGGCCGCGCGAUUUGUGGUACCGUGUGAUAUCGCCAUAUGAGGACACUGCGGCUCCGGUAGCUAGCAUGAAACCUUCUCUACUGCAGCUUGCGGGAAAGCUUGCAGAAACAGUUGAGGCGGCCUUAUGCCGGUUGGUUGCCGAGAACUCGGACAGCUUUGUCCAUCGCGCGAUGGUCUCACCCUCCAGAGAGGAUGGUGCGGCGUGUGUUGCGGCUGGGCCUGAAAUCGAGGUCGGGACGAUAGUGCCUAUAGGGCAGUCAUGCCCACUACUGAUACAGAGUAUUGCAGACAGUUUGGCACACAUCGUGCGAACGUCGCAGAAUCCACUUUUCGUAGCAGACGUUCAGCGGCUACUGCAGUUACAUUUGAUGGAAGGUGACACGCCAUCACAUGUGAUGGAAUUGAAUGCUGAUGGUGGAGUUGUGGCGGAAAGUCGUGGUGACGCUGCCACUCAGUCAUCAGUUGGCUCAACCGCUGCAGCACUUCAGUGGGCUGUCGAAACACGUCUCCUGAAGCUGUAA